AUGGUACUGGGAUCGACAGAGACACAGUGGCGUCAGGCAGAACUCCCGCAGCUACAGGGCUGGGCAGAGAAGGGAUUGCUGACACAGCCAAAGAUGAUAAUCAGCAACAUGGAGCCUCAGGUGACGAACGGCCCCAACGGCACCACGGCUAACGGGCCGUCCAGCAACAGCCGCAGCUGCCCUUCACCCAUGCAAACUGGAGGCCCCACCGACGACAGCAAGACCAACCUCAUUGUCAACUACCUGCCCCAGAACAUGACCCAGGAGGAGUUCCGCAGCCUGUUCGGCAGCAUCGGAGAGAUUGAGUCCUGCAAACUGGUCCGCGACAAGAUCACAGGGCAGAGUCUGGGCUAUGGGUUCGUCAACUACAUAGACCCAAAGGAUGCAGAGAAAGCCAUUAACACAUUAAACGGACUCAGACUUCAAACCAAAACUAUCAAGGUGUCAUAUGCACGUCCCAGCUCAGCCUCCAUCCGAGACGCUAACCUGUAUGUGAGUGGUCUGCCAAAGACCAUGACCCAGAAGGACCUGGAGCAGCUCUUCUCCCAGUACGGGCGCAUCAUCACCUCCCGCAUCCUGGUGGACCAGGUCACUGGCCCCACAGGUGGUUCGCGGGGUGUGGGGUUCAUUCGCUUUGAUAAGAGGAUAGAGGCUGAGGAGGCCAUUAAGGGGCUGAAUGGACAGAAGCCCUCUGGAGCUGCUGAGCCCAUCACCGUCAAGUUCGCCAACAACCCCAGCCAGAAGACCAGCCAAGCCCUACUGUCCCAGCUGUACCAGUCCCCCAACCGCCGGUACCCAGGCCCCCUGCACCACCAGGCCCAGAGGUUCAGGCUGGACAAUUUGCUUAAUAUGGCCUAUGGCGUAAAGAGGUUUUCUCCCAUCACCAUUGACAGCAUGACUAGCCUGGUGGGCAUGAACAUCCCUGGCCACACAGGCACUGGCUGGUGCAUCUUUGUCUACAACCUGUCUCCAGACUCUGAUGAGAGCGUCCUGUGGCAGCUGUUCGGGCCCUUCGGAGCGGUCAACAAUGUCAAGGUCAUCCGCGACUUCAACACCAACAAGUGCAAGGGCUUCGGCUUCGUCACCAUGACGAACUACGAUGAGGCAGCCAUGGCCAUCGCCAGUCUCAACGGGUACCGGUUGGGUGACCGCGUCUUGCAAGUCUCGUUCAAGACCAACAAGACCCACAAGUCCUGA